UCAUUUUAGCCUUCAGUCUCUCCAUUUGUUUCUCCCUAGUUCCUUUGCACCCAAACAGCCCUGAACACCCGCAAUCAGCAGAGCCCACCCUUCCCGACUUCUCCAUUUCCAAAUCGCUUCUCUCUCUCUCUCUCACCCCUCCUGUAUCUCUUUACUCGAUUGGAUUUACAAUCAACCAGCAUGGCAGCAAAAAUAGCUGCAAGGUAUGUGUCUCGAAGGUUGUCAAGCAGUGGCAAAAUACUUAGCGAGGAGGAAAAGGCUGCUGAAAAUGUGUACAUCAAGAAAAUUGAGCAAGAGAAACUGGAGAAGCUUGCACGCAAGGGUCCUAAACCGGAAGAAAAAGCAGCUGAAGUUACAGGUGGGUCCUUAAAUGAUGCCAAGCCGGGUAGCUCCUCAUCGUCAUCAUCAAGAAUGUCAACCGAUAAGAGCCGUAACUAUGCAGUUGUAGCUGGUGCUGUUACUGUCCUUGGUGCUCUGGGAUGGUAUCUCAAAUCUAGUGGAAAGAAAAAACCAGAAGAAGUCCAUGACUGAAAGUUAAUUUACUUGGAUAUAGGCAAAGGAAAAUGCCUGAAUGGUCACUAGUUAUUACACAAUUUGCUCUCCUGGUUAGCUAGGAAUAAUGAGAACUUCUACAUUGAGCACUGCUGGUUUCCUUUCUUCAGAUAUAUAUAUCCUUGUUAGAUACAAGAUUUAAGUUUUGAAGUGAUUUUCAGACUACUCUGAGGCUCUUUUAAUAAAAAAUUCAGUUAUGUUUAUGUGACUUAA